UGCAGAAAGUGAGGGAAAAAAAGAAAAUAAAAAUAAAAUAUGUGUAUGUGUGACAAUAUAAAUACAGUGAAUAAAUGUGCAAAGUUCAUUGAACAUUAGUCUUCUCUGUUAUAGGAAAGAGUGCCCUGUAGGAGCUUUUCCAAGAAAAACUAAAAUAAAAAUAACUCCAUGCACUAGUACUUAAACUUCGAUUGAUCUCAUUAAUAGCAUAUACAGCAAGCUGUUAAUUUGUGAAAUUCAUUGUGGAUAUAGCAAAAUCAUGGAACAACUCCAAAGAAAACUAGCUGAGUACACUGCUUCCUUAUACAAUGAGAAAAUUCUGGAUGAGCAGUAUAUACAACUGCAGCAACUGCAAGAUGAGAGCAAUCCGGACUUUGUGGUGGAAGUUGUGUCCCUUUUCUUUGAAGAUUCUGAAAGGCUUCUUAAUGAACUUGCCAAAGCUCUAAAUCAGACUAAUGUAGACUACAAGAAGCUGGAUGCACAUGUUCAUCAACUGAAAGGUAGCAGCUCAAGCAUUGGUGCACAAAGAGUUCAAAGAGUGUGCAUUGCAUUCCGUAAUUAUUGUGAUGAGCGCAAUGUUGAAGGUUGCUUAAAAUGUUUGCAACAAGUAAAGAAUGAGUACACCCUUGUCAAGAACAAGCUUGAAACAUUAUUUAAGCUGGAGAAACAAUUCGUGGAUGCUGGAGGAUCAUUUCCAGUGGUGUGAAUAUUGAUUGAUGAGUUAUGUGGAAUUCAAAUAUGCUUAAUUAAUUGCAAGUUUAAUUAGAAGUUCUUUGGAUAUGUUAAUUAGAUUGUCUUCAUGAUAUAUAUUUCGAGCUUCACUCCUUUGGCUUCAAAUGUAUAAGCAAUGAAAGUGGAGAUGAGAAGGACUUGAUUAAUGUAGUUUAUAGCUAUCUUCUUCAGUUUUAUUAGGAUUAUUGUAAAUAAGUCAAAUCUCCAUUUAAUAAAAGCUUGAUUCUAUGCUUUAUCAAGCUACUUUAAAA